AUGGGGCUAAGAGCAGCCAGCCUCUUCCUCCUCUGGCUGGCUCUUUCCUCUGCUCAUGAAAUAAAAAAAGGAAGGACAAGAAGCCAUGGCCACUAUGUCUGCAGCACUUGGGGAAACAACCACUUCAAAACUUUUGAUGGAGACAUCUACCAAUUCCCUGGCGUUUGCGAGUAUAAUUUUGUUUCCGACUGCCGGGAUGCUUACAAGGAAUUCUCCGUCCACAUCCAGCGUGCUCUCAACAGCAAUGGCCAUCCUGAGAUCCAGUAUAUUCUGAUGAAAAUCAAGGAUAUAGCAAUCUACCUCAAACCAAACCUGGUUGUGGUGGAUGGGCGGAUUGUGAAAACACCUUACUACAGCUCUGGUGUCUUCAUUGAGACCAGUGAAAUUUACACCAAGAUUUAUGCCAAAUUAGGCAUGGUUCUGAUGUGGAACCAGCAGGAUGCCCUGAUGGUGGAGCUGGACAACAAAUUUAAUAACCAUACCUGUGGUCUCUGUGGGGAUUACAAUGGAAUUCAAAUCUACAAUGAGUUCAUCAAAGGAGAUGCAAGCUACAACUCGAUUACAUUUGGGAACAUGCAGAAGAUCAGCAAACCCACUGCCAAAUGUGAAGAUCCAGAUGAAACUCAGGCUCUUCCAAGCUGUAAUGAGCAUCGUGAUGAGUGCCAGAAGUUACUGACUUCCUCUGCAUUUGCUGAUUGUCGGCUACGCCUUAAUUUGGAAAUGUACAUCCAAGCCUGCAUGCAGGACAAGUGUGCCUGUAAUGGAAAGACAGACUCCUUCUGCCUCUGCAGCACCAUCUCUGAGUAUUCCCGCCAGUGUUCGCACGCAGGCGGCCGCCCGGGAGAAUGGAGAACAGAGAACUUUUGCCCCAAGAGCUGUCCUGCUACCAUGGUCUAUAGAGAAAGCAGCUCACCCUGUGUGGAUACUUGCUCACAUUUGGACAUCAGCAGCCUUUGUGAGGAGCACUACAUGGAUGGCUGUUUCUGCCCUGAAGGAACUGUGUAUGAUGAUAUCAGUGAAAAAGGCUGCAUCCCUGUUAGCCAGUGCCACUGCAAACUUGGUGGAAAGACGUAUGCACCUGGAGAAAGCAUUUCCAAAGAAUGUGAAGAAUGCACCUGCAAUUCAGGCAGAUGGACCUGCAAAGAUCUAAACUGUCCAGGCACAUGCUCAGUGGAAGGAGGUUCCCAUAUUUCCACCUUCGAUGGGAAGAAAUACACCUUCCAUGGAGACUGCUACUAUGUGUUGGCCAAGGGUAGUGCAAAUGAGAGCUAUGCUCUCCUGGCAGAGCUGGUUCCCUGUGGCUCCACAGACAAACAGACCUGCUUGAAGACUGUUGUGCUGUUAGUGGAUAACAAAAAGAAUGUGGUGGUUUUCAGAUCAGAUGGCAGCGUGCUCCUGAAUGACAUGACAGUGAAUGUGCCUCAUGUGUCAGCCAGCUUCUCAGUAUUCAAGCCAUCUUCCAACUACUUUGUUGUACAAACUUCUUUUGGGCUUCAGAUGCAGAUCCAGCUGUUUCGAGUAAUGCAGCUGUUUGUGACUGUGGAUCAAUCAGUUAAAGGAAAACUUCAAGGUCUUUGUGGAAACUUCAAUGGAAUGGAAGGUGAUGACUUCAGAACAACCAGCGGGCUGAUUGAGGCUACAGGAUCUGCCUUUGCUAACACAUGGAAAGCUCAGUCCACCUGCACAGACCAGGCAGAAAAGCUAGAAGAUCCCUGCAGUCUCAGCAUUGAAAGUGCAAAUUAUGCUGAGCAUUGGUGUUCUUUGCUGAGAAACCCAAAGGGUCCUUUUGCAAGAUGUCACUUAGUCAUUGAUCCUUCAGAAUACUAUAAGAAAUGUAAAUAUGACACCUGCCUCUGUGAAGACAAUGAAGAAUGUUUGUGUGCUGCCCUGUCCUCUUACUCAAGAGCCUGUGCUUUCAAAGGGAUCAUUCUGGGAGACUGGAGAAAGAGUGUCUGCAGUAACGAAGCGUCUUCUUGCCCAGGAAAUCAAGUCUUCCUUUACAAUCUUACAAUGUGCCAGCAAACCUGUCGUUCCCUUGCUGAUGGUGAAAAGUAUUGCUUGCAAGACUUUGCUGCUGUGGAUGGCUGUGGCUGCCCAUCCAAUACAUACUUGGAUAACCAGGAUAACUGUGUGCCCAUCUCCCAGUGCCCAUGUUAUUACAAGGGUUCGUACCUGGAACCUGGGGAAUAUUUCACAAAAGAUGGAGAACGCUGUGUUUGCCGAAAUGCUAAGAUCCAGUGCACUUCAGUGAAAAUAAGAAUGAGAAGUGAAGAAAAAUGUUCUUCUAACAAGACAUACUUUGACUGCAGUGCAUCCUCAAAGUGGAGUUCGCAAACACCUCUACAGCUUAGCUGUCAUACUCCUCAAACUGAUCAUUUCCAGACAGAGUGUGUUUCAGGCUGUGUGUGUCCUGAAGGUCUAUUUGAUGAUGGCAGAGGGGGCUGUGUUGAGCCAAAAGAUUGCCCAUGCAUUCAUAACAAUGAAUGGUAUUCUUCUGGAGACAAGAUAAAAGUGGACUGCAACACCUGCACCUGCCAGAAAGGGCUUUGGAAAUGUACUGAUGAUGUGUGCUAUGGGACUUGUACGAUAUAUGGAAGUGGCCAUUAUAACACUUUUGAUGGGAAAUUCUAUGACUUUGAUGGGAGCUGUGAAUAUGUGGCUGCUCAGGACUUCUGUGGCGACAAAAAAUCCAGUGGCUCAUUCAGUAUCAUCACAGAGAAUGUCCCUUGUGGAACUACAGGAGUCACCUGCUCAAAGGCUAUCAAAAUGUUCCUAGGGAAAACUGAACUGAAAUUGGAGAACAAAGAGUACAAAGAAAUUCAGCGAGAUGUUGGUGAUGAUGUGCAGUAUUGGAACAGGACAGUCGGCCUGUACCUGGUUAUUGAGGCUAGCAAUGGUGUGAUGCUGAUCUGGGACAAGAAGACUACUGUUUUCAUCAAGCUGAGCCCUGAUUACAAAGGCAAAGUAUGUGGUCUGUGUGGCAACUUUGAUGACAAGGCAAACAAUGACUUUACAACAAGGAGUGGACUGCAGGAGUCUAACCCUCUGAAUUUUGGAAAUUCCUGGAAACAAUCUCCUAUGUGCCCAGAUGUCGUACAAGAGAUUAAGCCCUGUGAUCUGAAACCACACCGGAAAUCCUGGGCAGAGAAAGAAUGCAGCAUCAUCCAGAGCGAAGUCUUCAAAAUUUGUCACUCCAAGGUGAACCCACUUCCUUUCUAUGAAGCUUGUGUUCAUGAUGCCUGCUCUUGUGACAGCGGUGGAGACUGUGAGUGCUUCUGCUCUGCAGUUGCAGCAUAUGCCCAAGAGUGCAUCAAGGCUGAGGCCUGUGUUUUCUGGAGAACUCCUGAUAUCUGCCCCAUAUUCUGUGACUACUACAACCCUCGCAAUGAGUGUGACUGGCACUACGAGCCUUGUGGCAGUAAUAUCACAACCUGCAGGAUGAUCAAUAAUGUCAGCACCAACUUCACAAUACCACUACUGGAAGGCUGCUACCCCAGAUGCCCUAAGGACAAGCCUAUUUAUAAUGAAGAGACAAAGGAAUGUGUGACUGAAGAUAAAUGCGGAUGUUACCUCGAGGAUGGAACCCAUGUACCCCCUGGGCAAGAAGUACCCUCCAAAGAAAACUGUACAAUAUGUGUCUGUGUCCCAUCAGGAUCCAUACAGUGUAAACCAGUCCCAGGGUGUCCUUGUGUCAUCAAUGGAACAAGUUACGAAGUGGGUGCUACUGUGGGACAAGUACAGGAUGGUGACAUAUGUAUAACAUACAUUUGUGCAGAAAAUGGCUCUGUAGUUCCUGGUGAAAUCGUUACUUGUCCAACAUCUUCGCCUACAACCAUUUCAACCUCCUUCCCUUCCAGUACUCUUACCACCACCACCCCAGUUUCCACUACGAGCCAUCCAGUAACUACAACUCCUUGCUUUGGACUGAUCUGUGAAUGGACUCAGUGGUUUGAUGUUAGUAAACCUGAAGAAGGUGAUGGUGACUACGAAACAUAUGAGGAAAUAAGAAACCAUGGAAACAAAAUAUGUACAGCUCCUGAAAAAAUUGAAUGCAGGGCUAAGGAUAAGCCUGAUGUGAGCUUAGAAGAACUUGGUCAGAAAGUCCAGUGUAAUGUUACAUAUGGGCUAAUCUGUAAAAAUGAUGAGCAAGAUGUAACUAUGUGGCAACUUUGCUAUAAUUAUGAAAUCAGAGUAGACUGUUGUGAGUGGAAAGAAAUUCCUUGUGAGCCUACAACUAUACCUACUACCCCACAAACUACAACUUCAACCAGCACCAAGACAAUUCCCACCACCACUACAACCAGGACUUCAACCACGCCCAUACAGACCCCUUCCACAAGCACACCUAGCACACCAACCCCUACACCGGAAUUGCCAACCUCUUCCACAUCACCAGAGACUCCCACCACAACGACCACCACCAAAGGACCAACAACAACAACAACAACUGUUCCAACAACAACCACCACAGUUUCAGAAGGCACAUCAAGCACAUCAUCCCCUACAACAGAACUGCCAACAACUUCCACAUCACUAGAGACUCCCACUACAACCACCACCGCCAGCACUACCACCACCAGCACCGAAGCACCAACGACAACAACAACAACUGUUCCAACAACAACCUCCACAGUUUCAGAAGGCACACCUACACCCACACCGAGCACACCAAAAUCGACAACCACUCCUUCCACACCAGAGACUCCCACCACCACCACCACCACCACCACCACCACCACCACCACCAGCCCUCCAAGCACGACAACAACAACAACAACGGUUACUGGAUCAACAACAACCUUCUCAACUCCUAUACCAUGUGACUGCAUCUGGUCGGACUGGAUUGAUAUGACUUACCCAAAUGGCUCUGAUAAGAACAGUGGUGACUACGAAACCUUUGAGAACAUCUGGAUCAACUACCCCUCCUGGGAGUGUGCAAAAGUUGAGAAUAUUUCAUGCCGAUCACAGAAAUUCCCUGACAUUCCCAUUGCAGAUUUAGGGCAGAAAGUGGUAUGUAGUGUUGAUGUAGGGCUCAUCUGUAACAAUAAAGAUCAGCAGAUAGGAGGUAUAGUUCCAAUGCCAGUCUGCCUCAACUAUGAGAUCAGUGUCUGCUGCACCCCCAACCGCCCCGAGUGUGUUCCACCUCCAGUGAGCACCACACCUUCCAUGGCUUCACCCACAACAACCAGUGUGUCCACUCCAAUGUCAACAACAGCUCCAACGCCAGUGGAGACUCCCAGCAGUACCACCCCUACCACGACCACCACCACCACGUCCACGUUGUCCCCCAGCACCACCACCACUAGUGGCAGCACCUCACAGACAACACCAACUGCUCCUGUCUCAACAACACCCAUUUCAACUACUUCAAGCCCAUCCACGCCCACACCAACAUAUACCACCACCACACCAGGCACACCAAGCAAAGCAUCUACUACACCAGAAUUGCCAACCACAUCACCAGAGACUCCUAGUACCACCACCACCACCACCACCACCACCACAACCAGCAGGUCUCCAACCACAACCACAACUGGUACUGGAUCACCAACACCCACCUCAACUACUUCAAGCACAUCCUCUCCCACACCUACAUACACCAGCACCCUACCAACUCCAGCCCCACCUUCAUCCACACUGAGCACGCCAAAAUCGACAACCUCUCCCCCAGCACCAGAGACUUCCACCACCACCACCAGCCCUCCAAGCACAACAACCACUGUUCCUGGAUCAACAACAACCAUCUCAACUCCUGGAACCCCACCUACACCCACACUGAGCACACCAAAAUCGACAACGACUCCCUCCACACCAGAGACUUCCACCACCACCACCACCACCAGCCCUCUGAGCACAACCACCACUGUUCCUGGACUAACACCAACACCCACUUUAACUACUUCAAGCACAUCCUCACCAACACCAACCUACACCACCACCCUACCAAUUCCAGGCACACCUCCACCCACACCAAGCAGAGCACCCACUACACCAGAAUCAACAAGACCUCCCUUGCCACCGGAGACUUCCACCAGCACUGCCAGCACCACGAUGCCCCCCAGCACCACCACCAGCAUCAGCACCCCCAGCACGACGACUGCUACUGUAUCACCAACACCCCUUUCAACUGCUCCAAGCACGUCCACGCCCACACCAACAUACACCACUACCACACCAACUCCAGUCCCACCUUCAUCCACACCGAGCACACCAGAAUCAACAACGACUCCUCAACCACCGGAGACUUCCACCACCACCAGCACCACCAGCACCAGCACCAGUACCAGCAGCCCUCCAAGCACAACCACCACUGUUCCUGGAUCAACAACUACCACCUCAGCUCCUGGAAGCACACCUACACCCACACUGAGCACACCAAAAUCGACAAUGACUCCCUCCACACCAGAGACUUCCACCACCACCACCACCACCAGCCCUCCAAGCACAACCACCACUGUUCCUGGACCGACACCAACACCCACUUUAACUACUUCAAGCACAUCCUCACCAACACCAACCUACACCACCACCGUACCAACUCCAGCCCCACCUUCGUCCACACUGAGCACACCAAAAUCAACAACUCCCUCCACACCGGAGACUCCAACCACCACCACCACCACCACCACCAGCCCUCAGAGCACAACCACCACUGUUCCUGGACCAACUACCACCUCAGUUCCUGAAAAUGUUAUCACCAGAACCCCAUCAGCUCCUCCCACAGAACCAAUAAAGGGUACAACACCUGAACCAGAGACAUCGACAAACACUCCAGUUACUCCUUCAACUACCCCACUGCCAACAGCAAGAACCACAGAAAUAAGUACAUCUACUGCAAGCACCACUAGUCAACAGUCAACAUCACCAGUGUCAACAACCCCAGUGACAGCUACCACCUCUGAAGUUACUGAAACAGAAUCAACCACCAAGACAACCACUUCAGGCCCCACCCCCUCAAGAUCUACCAGCACCACACCAUUAACAGAAACACCUCACCAUAAGACUACUACCACCAGGACCCCAAGCCCUCCAACAGGAUCACCUACCACCACUUCCAGCCCUGGCACCACCACAACCUCAGGACCAAGCAGCACUACAGAAACACCACCACCAGUAUCAACAACUCCAUUCACUGAAGCAACAUCAACCACCAGGACAACCACUUCAGGCCCCACGCCCUCAGUGUCCACUCCUCCCACCACCCCAGUAGGAACAGAAAUAAGUACCCCAGCAACAACCUCUGCAACUGUUACUACUCCAACAUCACCUUCAUCAACCAGCCCUGUGUCAACCACCACCUCUGGUACUACUCCAACAGAAAGCUUUACCACAACUUCAGGAACCACCUCUAGUAGUUUUACCACAAUCAAUGCAACCACCUCCACCACCUUCAAAACCCUUCCCCCUGGCUCAACUACUACAUCUGGGCCUACUGCAACAUCAACUGCAGUCACCACUACAGGAAGUUCUACACAUAGUACAACUCCUCCAGUUAAUGGCUCAAGUUCAACUACAAGUCUAACACCAACCACUCCUAAAAAAACUUGUACUAUUUUCCCUAAUGAAUCUUAUGAGCAAGGUGACUCAUGGUGGCUCUGUAACUGCACUAAGGCAAUAUGUAUAGAAGACAACAUUGUCCAGGUGAUUCCAGUAAUCUGCAAUCCACCUCCGAAACCCACAUGUACCAAUGGACUGUCUCCUGUGCCAGUCAUUGAUGAAGAUGGAUGCUGUUGGCACUGGGAGUGUGAUUGCUACUGCACUGGCUGGGGAGAUCCACAUUACAUGACUUUUGAUGGAUUGUACUACAGCUAUCAAGGGAAUUGUACAUAUGUCCUUGUGGAAGAGAUCAAUAAGCAAGUUGACAACUUUGGUGUCUACAUUGAUAACUACCAUUGUGAUACACGAGAUGUAGUGUCCUGUCCUCGAACUCUCAUCGUGAGACAUGAGACUCAGGAAGUGAGGCUAACAACAGCAAAACCGAAUACUCUACAAGUAGAGGUGACAGUAAACAACCAGCUCGUGGCUUUGCCUUAUAAGAAGUUUGGCGUGAGCAUCUAUGAGUCAGGCAUAAAUCGUGUUGUGGAAAUUCCUGAGCUGAAAAUGAAUGUGACCUACAAUGGCUUGUCCUUUUCUAUCAGAAUGCCCUACAGCCUGUUUGGCAACAACACCCAGGGACAGUGUGGUACUUGCAAUAACAACACAGCAGAUGACUGCAUGCUGCCAAAUGGAAACAUUGCAGAUAACUGUGAAACCAUGGCAGAUCAUUGGCAAGUUGUUGAUCCUUCCAAACCACAGUGCUCUCCAGGCCUAGUUCCUACAAGUUCACCAAGCACAACACCAACACAGCCUUGCAAAGAAUCUUCCAUCUGCAAGCUUCUAUUGGGAAGUGUGUUCAAGCCAUGCCAUGCAUUUGUCCAGCCUGAAAAGUACUAUGCAGCCUGUGUUUUUGAUAGCUGUGUACUUCCCAACUUAGACCUGGAAUGCUCAAGUCUGCAGAUCUAUGCUGCCACCUGUGCUGAUCAAGGAGUGUGCAUUGACUGGAGAAAACACACCAAUGGUGUAUGCUGUAAGUAUGAAUGUCCUCAAGGUAAAGAAUACAGAGCAUGUGGUCCUAUUAAAGAGAUGACCUGCAAAUCAAGAGGACAGAAUGACACAUCAACUAAACAAGUGGAAGGCUGUUUCUGUCCUAAUGGAACCAUGCUGUAUGACUCUGGUGUGGAUGUCUGCGUGAAAACCUGUGGCUGUGUUGGAGUGGAUAUGAUACCAAGAGAGUUUGGAGAAAAGUUUACAGUGGACUGUCAGGACUGUAUUUGCCUGGAAGGUGAACAUGGCAUUGUAUGUGGGCCUCAUGUAUGUGAUCAAAAGAAGGUCACUUGUGAUGGAGAAGGCUUCUAUGAAGUCAUUGAAGUCAAUCCUAAAGACUCCUGCUGCCCUCUUUUCACUUGCAAAUGCAAUACAAGCUUGUGCACAGCCAAAGCCCCCAAAUGCUCACUGGGAUUCGAAGUUCAUUCUUAUAUUCCCACUGGUCAGUGCUGUCCUGUAUACCAAUGUGUUCCCAAGGGGGUUUGUGUACACGAGAAUGCUGAGUUCUUGCCCAACUCCUCAGUCUUUGUUGACAAGUGUCAGAAUUGUUUGUGCACAAAUGAUGUUAACGUCAGCACUCAACUGAAUAUCAUCUCCUGUGAACAUGUCCCCUGCAACACAUACUGUCAACCAGGAUAUGAACUUAAACCAGUGAAAGGUGAAUGCUGUGGAAAAUGUGUGCAGACCAAGUGUAUUAUACACACAGCAGACAAUUCUGAACUCAUCUUGAGUCCUGGAGACUUUAAAAAUGAUCCUCGCAACAACUGCACCAUUUAUAGCUGUGUAGAUGUUCACAGCCAGCUUAUCGCUUCCACAUCUGAGAUUACCUGUCCAGCAUUCAAUGAGGAGAGCUGCAAACCUGGAACUAUUUCAUACUUACCUAACGGUUGUUGCAAAACCUGUGCCCCUCUGGACAGCAGCACCCCGUGCUCUGUGCGCCAUAGAACAGACUUUAUCGUCUACAAUGGCUGCCGCUCCGUGGACAGAGUUGACUUGACUGAAUGUGAAGGAACAUGUGGAACCUUCUCGCUAUACUCUGCUGAGGCCAAUUCUAUGGACCACAGCUGCUCCUGCUGCAGAGAAACAAGCACCACUGAGAAGCAUGUGGUUCUGAAAUGCCCUGGUGGGACCUCCAUGUCACACAAGUACAUCUAUGUGGAGAGCUGCAGGUGUCAAGACACUGAAUGCAGUAGGCCACAGUCCAGUGAGCUGCAGAACAACAAAGAAAAUGACAAUGCGAGCGCUCUGAACCGGGUCAAGAGAGCCAUCAGCUUAACAUCAAAAUGA